GGAGAAAAGGUCCAAGCCCAGGAUUGGUUGCGCAGGCGCAGGGAAGGAUCCGUUUUGGCGGGCGGUUGGCAUUGCGCAGAAGGCGGCGGUAGCGGUGGCUUGUGGUGCCGCUUUACCACAGAGGAACCGUGCAGGCCUUAGCGUGAGUGAUCACUUUAGAUCUUGGGGAAGGCCAUAGCCACAAUGCUUAACUGCAUGCUUCCAACAUGGGGCUGGUUUUAACCCAGCGCUCUGACCUAAAGUGCUCAGCUCCCGGAAAUUCCAAGGAACCUGGUGGCCAUACUCCUUCAGGUGGAUCAACAGGCACACGACAUGGGAAAGAAGACCAAGAGGACAGCCGACAGCUCUUCUUCAGAGGAUGAGGAGGAAUAUGUGGUGGAAAAGGUGUUGGACAGGCGCAUGGUUAAGGGGCAAGUGGAAUAUCUGUUGAAGUGGAAAGGCUUUUCUGAGGAGCACAAUACUUGGGAACCUGAGAAGAACUUGGAUUGUCCUGAACUAAUUUCUGAGUUUAUGAAAAAGUAUAAGAAGAUGAAGGAGGGUGAAAACAAUAAGCCCAGGGAGAAAUCAGAAGGAAACAAGAGGAAAUCCAGUUUCUCCAACAGCGCUGAUGAUAUUAAAUCUAAAAAAAAGAGAGAGCAAAGCAAUGAUAUCGCUCGGGGCUUUGAGAGAGGACUGGAACCAGAAAAGAUCAUCGGAGCAACAGAUUCCUGCGGUGACUUAAUGUUCUUAAUGAAAUGGAAAGACACAGAUGAAGCUGACCUGGUUCUUGCAAAAGAAGCUAACGUGAAGUGUCCACAGAUUGUGAUAGCAUUUUAUGAAGAGAGACUGACGUGGCACGCAUAUCCAGAGGAUGCGGAAAACAAAGAAAAAGAAAGCGCGAAGAGCUAAAGGAGGAGGCAGUCUCUGUCGUUUCUCUUUGUAUAUAAUACCUUUACUUUCCUGCCUCCUCUCUCUCCUCCCACCCCUUUCCAUCCUAAACGCAUCCAUAAACCACUGCGCUCAUCACUGUGCUCCACGGGGGAGAUGCUGGUAUUGGUUCUCCUGUAAUAUAACUGAUGAUCUGAUUCCUAAGUGUAGCUCUGUGAACGUCAGGCAUUACGUCAUUCACAUGCUGUGUGGUUCCCAUAGUGUUCUCUUUCACCCUGAUCUUUUCCUUCUGUUCCCCUGUAACUUUUUAAUCACCUUAGAGUCAUGAUCUUUGGGGUUGGUUGCUUUGGGAGAUUUUAUUAUGACGAUGACUUCAGUUUCUUGAUUGUUAUUAGAUUAUAUUGAUGACCAGCUGGCCUUUGUUUUGACAUACUGGCAUAGAAAGGAUAUUGUCCAUCUAUUUAGAAAACUAUUAAGGGCAACCUACCUGUUGUGUCUUUUCCGAUCUCAUUUAGCUCUGCCAGGAGAAUACAGGGUCCCUGGUGUGGUCUUGGGCCGCUCCUGACUAUCCUCACAUACCCUCCCAUAACAAUUCAGUUCUCUUAGGGCUUGAAACUUCACAUUUAAAUCUGUCAAGGCGCUCUGUUUAGCCCUCACACUUUCUUGGCCUUGUUACUUUCAAUCCCUGAUUCUGCUUCUGUAAAGUGGUAUCAAUUUGUUAUUAAAUGACAAGAUUAACUGUGGAGUCUGUAAGCUGUAGUGCAGGAAGAUAAUAGGAUGGGGCUGGAUACAGUUAUCACGUGGUGUGUGUGUAUUCUUUCCUUUAUCCCUCAUAUUUAGACUGUAUUUAUGUAGGUGUGAGUGAUUGCCUGGUGCUUGCUUGUGCCAAGGUGCUGGGCACCCUCUAACCCUGCCAAUUUUUAUGGCCUCCCAAAGCAUUCCUGUACCAAAGAGGCAUCAGCAGAUCCAUGCCAUUCCCUUCCGUGCCAUUAUUUUAAGUUGGGAAUUUUUGGAGAGGAGCCACUAGCCACAGUGUCACUGGCUUUUACGUCCUUGCAGCAGUGAUGCUCUUUAAUUUACUGCCUCAUGGCUUGUGGAUUUGCCACCAAGUCCUCAGAGGAUUAAUGUUCCUGUCCUCUCCACUUGAGUCUGAGGAUUUUUAGUUGUAGCUUAUUUUAAAAACAUAGAAGAUUAUGGCCUCAGAAACCGACAGGUCUUGAUAUUAACUUUUUGACACAACCUUCUCUCACAACAAACUACUUCCUUUUUGGUUUACUCUUGCUUUGCUAUUAUUUCUGCUCCUAUUCUACUUUUUGUCCCCUGAAAAAUGCCCAUCUUCUCUUCAUUUCUUUCUUCUUGUAUAGUUGAGGAAGCUGGAGAAUCAGGACUAAAAGUAAGGAAAUAACAGAGUUUGGAGCUGAGCAGUCUUGUCCCAGCUCCAACGCUGAGGAAAAAGAAUAAACGCUGAAGUAGCCUUAAUUCCAGACUUCGUCAGCUACUGAGCUGCUUUUGUUGUUGCGUUUGAUUUUUUUAAAGCAAAGCUGUCUGGGCCAGAGCAUCUAGCCACCGGGUUGUUGAUAGUAAUGAGAGGAAUGGAUGGAGUGCUUCAGUCCACAGAUGAGCCAGAUAAUAUGCAAACCCUAGACCCAUUCACAGCAUUUGUUAACACUGCUUUCCUGCUCAGCUGCUACUUGAGUUCUGUGUUCUUGAAUAAAUUAUGCCAACAAUUAUACUGCACCGUUGAGAAGGCAGCUUGUACUGCAGUGACAUGGUAGACAGACAGUGAAGCUUUGCCUUACUUAAGUCAGCCAGGAACAACUUGUGAAUGGUAAUGUGGUGGGAGAAUAGCACCUAACCCAUACCUCACAUGGGUGAGCUUUUUCUCUCUGUAGUCCGUAGUUGUCUGAAGAUGUUAGAGGCAAUAUCAAAUGCUGGAUAAGUGACCGAUGUCUGUACUUAACUUGAUGAAAUGAAGGAUGGUUAGAGAGCAGAUCUGUCCUUCAGGCAACCAAGGCUAGUAGUAAUUAGGGCAGAUGAAAAUAGCACAGAAGUAGCCAGAGCUCCUGAGGAUCUUGACUGGCAACUAGAGGAAAGGACCACCCACUGAGUAGUCAGGAGUAGUGGGCAUGUACAUUGCAGUGACCAUAUUUUUUAAAGCAAAAUCUUAGCCUUUGGGCAACCAUAACAAUGAUAUUUAGUCCUAUAUAAUAUAAACCAUAAUAAUGAGAUUAGUCCUAAGAAGUCUGGCCUGGUGACAAAAAAGUACACAGUCCCAGACUGAUACAGGGGUACUGUAUGUUCAAGGCCUGUUUGGGAACUUAGUGAGACCCUGACUCAAGAUAAAAAAUAAAAGGACCGAGGAUACAGUCUGAGAGUUAAUGCCUUGUAAUGCAAAAAAUGAAGGGAAAAAGUGUCCUGCUGGUUUUAAUGCUCUUUGUAAUUUUUUUCUCUUAAAAGUUCAUGGAGUAUUGGUUUUCUGUUAACUAUUACCAAAACAUCCUUGUUUUCUUCUUAGUACUUUUCCUGGUUAUAUAUAGAAAUAGGGAACCGGGAUUCUAGUAUUAUCUUCAACACUCAGUGUAAAGAAGCCAGACACCCAUCUGUGCCUCCAGCAUGUGUUGUGCCAAGUAGCUUGUUUCUGCUGGAGAAUUGCAGCCUUGGACAGAAGUGUUUCCUAGAGCUAUCUUCCCUCUAAAGAGUUCACAACCAAAGGUGAAAUACUCCUAAACACUUGACUAUAUUCUCCUGUGUUAAUCCUCUUUCAAAACUAAUUUUGUGGUACUGGGACUUGAGCUUAGACAUGCCAGGCAAGUGCUGUGCCACUGAACUGAUGUCUUUUUCUGCCCCUUCCCCGCCAUACACCAUUUUAUUGUUGUUCUAAAGACUUAGUCUCUGAUACCAGGCUAGCCUCAACUUGCUGUAUAGACAAGUUGAAAAGAAUUUUUUUUUUCAUCUGUAGCAGUCUUCAGACAUACCAGAAGAGGGCAUUGAAUCUCAUUACAGAUGGUUGUGAGCCACCAUGUGGUUUCUGGGAAUUGAACUGGGGGCCUUUAGAAGAGCAGUCAAUGCUCUUAACUGCUGUGCCAUCUCUCCAGCCCUGCCAAGCUGAAUUCUUGAUCUCUUGCCUCUAUCUCCCAGUCUCUAGGAUUGUAAGUGUUUGUCACCAUAUCUGGCUCCUUCUUUUGUAGAGACUGGACCUUCAAAAUUACCUAUGUUAGCCAGGUAUAGUGUAAUACACCUUUAAUUACAGCAUCUAGGAGGCAGAAGUAGACCAAUCUUAAUUAGAGGCCAGUCUGGUCUAUAUAGUGAGUUCUAGGCCAGCCAGACCAGUAUAGAUUCUGUUGCGAAAGGAAAAAAAGAAAAGAUUGGCCUUGAACUUAGGAUCUGUUUGUAUCAGUUUUGUGCCACUAUACCUGGCUCAAAAUCUUUUUUUUUUUAAUUAAGUUAUUGUGUAUAUGGGAUUUCUGCCUGCAUGUAUAUCUGUGCACCAUAUGCAUGCCUGGUUCCCUAGGAGACCAGAAGAGGGUCUUAUAUCCUCUGGGAUAGGAGUGAGCUGCUAUGUGAGUAUUGAGAAUCAAAUCCUGGUCCUCUGGAAGAGUGGGUGCCACCUCCCACCCUUCAAAACAUCUUUUUAAUGUUGAAUUUUUUUCUUUUUUUUCUCCCCCGCCCCGCCCCCCUUUUCUGUUUAAUCCUGGCUGUUUCUUGCCGGCUUCACCCUUUAAUGCUCAAGUUUUGCUAGCUUUACACGAAAGCAGAGGUGAACUGGGUGAUCCAUCAACAUUAUACACUGUGCUGUUCACAUUUCUACCACUUUAGCAUACAUCAAUAUUGUUUUCAUUCAACAAACAUUUUGGCUCAGGAUACAAAGUUUAAACUCCUUUGCUAGAGAACUUUGAUAGUGGUAUGGGAUGAGUUGAUCAUUAUAGUUUUGUAUAAUGAAUAUUGCACAUGUAUAUAAAUUACUGGUCUGGGGCAGCAACAGGUAUACAGAAGCAUGAGCCUUUAGUGGGCAGUUAGCUCAGUGGUUGAGUGCUGGUGGAGAAUACAUGAAGCAAAGCACUGGGUUCUCACGGGAGGAGGGGGAGGAUCUGCAAUAGGAGGGUGCCAUUAACUGGUUUAUCUGUGGGAAAGACCUGUUGUCUUGGAUGAACUGAGUUAACUGGCCAUGUGGAAUAUUGCAGAAAAUAAAGCUAGAAAUGUGGUCAUUACCAAGAGUGCAGAUACGUGAGCAUAAGAACCAUCUUGUUUAGACUGCCAAAGUAUUCAUGACUUUGUAUUGUCUGAAGAUCUCAUUGUAUGUGGUGGUGUUAUGGGUCUGUUUGUAUAUUUCUUCUUAAUGGGCAUUUUAGCAAGUUGCUCACACUGUUCAAUUUCUCACCCUUUUGGAGAAAUCAACAUUAGUCUGGCUUUAAAGCCUAAAACAUACCAUCUAAUGACAGACUUUGUUAGAGAAAAGCUUAGAAGUCAGCUAAUAUCUGAGUGUCUGCCUUUGGGGAGCAAGCAGCUCCUGUGUCUCUUAUAUCAAAACCUUCCACAGGAAUAAUGUGUUCUGGCUCCUCAUUGUGCAUGACGCCCCUCCCAGAUAAGAAACAGUCUGGUUUUCAGGUUCUCAUUCUGACUUUUGAGAGCACAAGAUAAAGAUCUUAGCUCUACUUGGAUAAUUGACUAUAGAAAUCAGAAUUCUCAGAAAUCAACUGCUUUAGAAGGUUAAAAUGUGAAGUUUCUUGUUUGUUUUUUGCUUGUACUGAAUAUUUUGAAUUUUAAUCUACCUCGUCUCAUUUUUUGUAGUUACUUCUGUCAUUGCCACUUGAGCAUGAAGCUUGACUUUGGUCGUUGUCUAAAAUGGGAUCUCUCCUGUUCAGUGACAGUUUAUUCUCUUGCCUUUCCUCUUGGCCCCCAUUUCACCUAACAUCAUCUCUUAUUGCUCCUGUCAGAAAUAUGUUUUAAAGUCUUGUUUUAUGGGAAAAAGUGGUUCACCAAUGCUGUUUGUCUCUGAGGUCAGUGAGAGAAGGAGUUAAAACACAGUGGUGAAGGAAGGGCAGAUCCUGCUCUGGAGGCAAAAGCUGACAAGGAAGGAGUCAUUAAUUACAGACAAUUUCAAAGUCAACUGAUUGUGAUCAUUAAUGUCACAAUAGAUCAAAACCUAAUUAUCACAGCCUAGGUAAGAGCCAUCAGUAUUAAUCGGAAAAUCUAAUAGGAAACUAUUACCAAGAAAUUAGGCCAAAUUGAAUGCAAUGAACUUUUUAUCAUCUUUUUUUGGUAAUGUUCUUGGUGUUGGCAACUGUGACCCUAACAGCUGGUCCAAGCCCAGAUUGCUAAUUUCACUUUUAAAGAGCCUAGGCUGGCCCUAGUGCUUGUAGUACUCCUGCCUCAGCCUUAAAUACUGGGAUUAUGAGGGGAUGUGUGCAUUCCUGUUUGUGUGGGUGGGUAGGAGAGAAUUGAACUCAGGGCCUUGUACAUUUUAGACAAGUGCUCAACCACUGAGCUGUAUUCCUAGUUCAGAGUGUUUUGUUUGUUAGGGAAGUUUCCAGAGAGACUGAAUCUGAGCUAACAUUGCUGAAACACCAACCUUGAAUUUUCUCAUCAUGGAUUUGUCCAGUCUAAUCAGAUCAGUGGGAUAUACAGGUAUAUAUUAAAGUCAUAGAGUGUCCCUGGUGAACAUUGUUGCUGUAUCAUCCGUUGAGUGCUUGUGUAUAGAGCUCUGUACUGGCUGCUGUGAAGGCUGUGGGAGGAAGACAGUGUCCUGCUUUGAAAUUCUUUGAGAACUAAAAAGAUAGUUUCCUUGUAUGACAACAGGAAGAAGAUGCAAGCCAGUGUUUUCCUGUUUGCAGUAACGCUAGGAUUUGAUCCUGAACAGCCUGGCAGUGUGCCUGAUCCCAGUAGUUCUAAGAUAGGAACAAAAUGAUUUCCCACUGGAAUUCUAAGGGAUGGGGAAGAUAUCUUUGUUUUCCUUUCUGUGUUACAAGUUAUAUCUCUGGUAGUAGGAGAAGCCAUCAGUAUGUCCUUAAGAUGUUUGUAAAGAUGCUACCACCUUUGGGUGAGAUGAGUCAGGCAGUGGAAAAGUUGCUGUCCUUUGGGUGUCACAGGAGGAAUGCCAGGCAGUAGUAGAGGGAAUUGUGCCUAGGAGUCUACACUGUGCCCUGCAGCCCUGCUGCACUUCAGGUGCUCAGUGCUAAUCUUACUUAGGAAGGCCAUGCUCCUUUCUGGAACUUGGAUUACCCACUACAAGACUGAGAAUCAGUGUCUUUUGUUUGUUUGGUUUUUUUUUUUUUUUUUUUAAGACAGGGUUUCUAUGUAGCCAUGGAUGUCCUGGAACUUGCUCUGUUGACCAGGCUGGCCUCUAACUCAGAGAUCUGCCUGCCCCUGCCUCCCAAGUACUGGGAUCAAACAUGUGUAUCACCACUGCCUGGCUAACCCUUCACUUCUUAAGUGAGUUUUAGUGUUUAAAAUGCAACUUAAUUUUCAAAAUGGCACUAAGGUGGUUUGUCCAGCCUUGGUUUACUCCAGAUGAGCAGCAGCCCUCAACAGUGUGUUGAUUGAACUCAUCUGGCUGCAGUGAAAUGGCUGAAAGUGAGAUUUUCUAGUGCAUACUUCUGUGCUAGCCUCCCUACUUGGUCUUAAUGGCUGACCUUGGGCAAGUCUUUCCUUUCAAUGCCUCAGUUCCCCAUCUGUCAAAUGGGGUGAUAAUACUGACCUACCUCAUGGGGUGUUGUGAGGCAUUACAGAUCAGAGCUGAUCAACUCCUUUAGGAUUGCCUGUGGAGGAUACCUUCAGUCGAAGUUUUUUUAGCCCUCACUGAGCUACUUCCAAGUUUGGAAGUACUUAGUGACCUUGGUGAGUUUCUGUCCCCAAUCCCUUAACCCCUCAUCAAUGCUGCUAGUUCAGAUGUUGACAGUGUUUUGUGAAUGUUGGAGUCUUGAUCAUCCAGUCUAACUUGGGAUGCUGUGAGGGAAGGCACUUGUGGGCUCUGUGUCUUGCAUCACAAAGAGACUUAGAAAUUCAAGAGCCUUGGGUUAGGGAAUCUUGAGGCAGGAGUGCUACUUCAUGUCUUUCUCUGCAGGCAGGAGUUAAGGUCCUAUUCUCAUGGAUGACUUGUGCUGAUUGUCUUGGUAGUGUGGAUUGAUAUUGUUGCUUCCAUUUUCCAGGCUGACCUAGGACAGGUCGUCCACUGAACUCUUCAUGCUCCGAUGCCUCUGCCCUCUCAUAGAAGCCAGACGGCUCAAGCAACAUAACACUCCCUUCCCCUACCAAAAAGAGCUACAUUGUAUUUUGUUUUUUUCUAGAAAUAGGUAUACCAUUUCAGAAUUGAGCAUUGGUCCUCAAGGCUUCUUUUCAGUUCACUGUGUGUGGAAUCUGUCACCUCUUUUCAGUGUAUACCAUCUGACCCACUGAGGACAUCUUGGACACUUGUUUGCCCACCUGAGGGUUCAAGAGCCUUUCUUGCUCUGUCUCAGUAUAGGGACUAAGGCAUCCCCAGAUUCUUCAUGAUAGGUUUCCUUUUCCCCUACUUGACCUUCUAUUGGUACCCAUGAAAAAGCACAAGGUCCUAGCUCCCUGUAGAUACACACUCCAGUUCUGUUGGGUAGACUCUACUCCUAACAGGGGUCCUAGAGGGUUCUCUGGAGGAUGGGAAAGGAACAGUCUCAUGUCCUGCCAAAUAGUAGCCAGCAGUUGCCUUACCCCUGCCUGCUGGCCAUGAACCCACAUUCUCACGGAAAGGGCUUUCAGAGACCCCUGGUUUUUCUCAGCACUGUACCAUUUUGUGUAGGAAGCAGGUCACACCUUGUAGCCAGGUCUAAAUGGAAGUGAGACAGUGAAUUCUCUGUGGACUUUUUUGGUUUGUGGGGGGGUUUUGGUUGUGUUUCUUGGUUCUGUUUCAGCCAAACUUGUCUGCUUUUGAUUUCUUUAAAGGAUAAGUGGUCUAUCUAUCUAUCUACACGUAUGUUUGCAUUUUAAGUGUAAGUGUUUUGAGAAAAAAAAAAAACAGACAUUAUGUCAUUCUACAACUGACAUCCAAUUCAGACAUCAUCCUCUCCCCCUUCCACCCUCUUUUUCCUCUUUUCCCUCUUUUCAUACUCUUGUAUUGGUUCUAAUAAACGAUUGCUUUUCAAA